AUGUCUGCAGCUGAUGGCUCGGGCAAGCCAACUGCAGAGUGUGAAGAGGAGGAAGAGUUGCCUUUCUCAUCGACGGUUUCGCCAGUGCCAAAGGAAGAAACAGCUGUCGAAGCACCACGGCUGACAACAGACGAAGUCUCAAUUGAGGAUGCGAUCACAUUGACUCAAGAUGAACCACCGGCAGAAGAUCAAAUGGAGGUGGGGACCCCCACAAGCUUCUUAGAGCGAGCUGACAAGAUGGUGACCUGGGAGGAAGAUUGUGCUCCAGGACUUGCACUGGCUGCCACUGCAACGACGGCAGGCACUGACAGCGAGAGUCGCGAGAGUCCCAAGGAGGUGGAGAAUGAUGGGAGCAGCGUUGCCACCUGGCAGCAUUCAAGGUUCGCGGAGCCGCGCGACGGAGGAGCUCUUUGA